AAAAGGGUAUCGGGGGUCCAUUAUCUGCCCUCACAUAUUACUGCGUAGAGAGAGAAAGCAAAGGAAGAGAGAGAAAGGGGGAUGACUACGAUUCGUAGAUUCAGCUGCAAUGACCUUCUCCGUUUCGCCUCUGUUAAUCUUGAUCAUCUUACUGAAACUUUCAACAUGUCAUUUUAUAUGACUUACAUGGCAAGAUGGCCGGACUAUUUCCAUGUUGCAGAAGCUCCUGGCGGCCACGUCAUGGGAUACAUUAUGGGAAAAGUUGAAGGGCAAGGUGAAUCUUGGCAUGGUCACGUCACUGCAGUAACUGUGGCUCCUGAAUAUCGGAGGCAGCAAUUAGCCAAGAAAUUGAUGAACCUUCUGGAAGAUGUCAGUGAUAAGAUUGAUAAGGCUUACUUUGUGGACCUGUUUGUGAGAGCAUCAAAUACACCAGCCAUAAAGAUGUAUGAGAAGCUUGACUAUGUAAUAUAUAGGCGAGUUUUACGCUAUUACUCGGGGGAGGAAGAUGGUUUGGAUAUGAGGAAGGCAUUAUCGCGAGAUGUAGAAAGGAAGUCUAUCAUCCCUCUUAAACGGCCGGUGACUCCAGAUGAACUGGAGUAUGACUGAGUCAGUAAGAGUUGUUAGCAUGUAUAUCUUGAAUGAAGCUAAGGCAUCAAGAAGUCUAUCUGAAAAUGUAUCAGAUGAGUUGU